AUGGAAUACAUUAAGAUAACUAAAGUUGACAAUGUUGUUUUGCAUAGAAAAGGGAUUGCUGUUAAGGGUGAAUUGCAUUUAACAACACAUCACUUGAUUUUCUCCUCUAGUUCAUUACCAAGGGAAUUUUGGGUAUCGUAUCCAACAAUUGGUUCAGUGUUUAAAAAUCAAGGUAGUACUUUGAUCUCGAGGAUCAAAUGUGAUUCUAAAAGUAACGAUGAAAUAGAAUUUGAUUCAGAUGAACCAAAUUUAUAUAAGUUUUAUCAAGGGCGAGAUUUAUGGAGUAUUGUAAACAUUAAAAUUAUAGGGAAAGAUUAUACUGUAUUUUCAUUAGAUUUUGUGAAAGAACAUGAAGCCAAAGAUGUAUUUGAUUCUUUACUGAGACUUACAGUGUUGGAUGAUGUUUCACAGCUAUAUGCAUUCAUUUAUAAGCCAAAUAAGAUAGAAACGCAAUUUAAUAGUUGGAAUAUUUAUGAUCCUAUGAAGGAAUUCCAGAGGCAAGGUUUACAUAUUAAUGAUAGCAAUUCUCAAUGGCGAAUAUCAAAGAUAAAUGAAAAUUAUGAAUUUUCAUCUACUUAUCCAAGCAAACUAAUUGUACCAAAUAAUAUAUCAGAUACAGUUCUCUUACAUGCGGGGAAAUAUAGGGCACAAGCAAGAAUUCCAGUUUUAGCAUAUUAUUAUAAAAAGACCAAUUGUGUAAUAACUAGAUCAUCACAACCGUUACCAGGCAUAACAAAACAGAGAUCAGUUCAAGACGAAAGAGUAGUUUUAACCGAAUUUGAAUGUUCAAGCCUCUUAGUGCUUGAUGAUAUUGACAACCGUGACCAUGUUUCGCCAAGAAUGAAAAAUAUUAUCGUAGAUGCAAGACCAACCGCUAAUGCUAUGGCUCAAACAGCAUUAGGUGGAGGAACAGAAAGUAUGGAAUAUUAUAAUUUCAAUCUUACCUGCCAAAAAAAGUUUCUAGGGAUUGAUAACAUUCAUGUCAUGCAUGAUACGUUAAAUUAUGUCGUGGAUAAUUUCUUAGUGGAUGGUGAUUUAAAUUUUCCAAUUGACAAAGUUGCAUUAAAUACAGGAAAAUCUUCAAACUGGUUGAAGUAUACCAAAUUGAUACUUUCUUCAACAGACACUCUAAUGAAGUCCAUAGUGUUUAAUAAGUCAAAUCUAUUAAUUCAUUGCUCAGAUGGUUGGGAUAGAACUACUCAAGUUUGUUCUUUGAUUCAAAUAUGCUUAGAUCCUUAUUUCCGAACUCUUGAAGGGUUUAUGGUCCUGAUUGAAAAAGACUGGCUUUCUUUCGGACACAAAUUCUUAGAACGUUGUGGUCAUUUAAGUUCUGAAAGUAUAUUUCAUGACAAUACAAGUGGUUUCAAUAACUUAUCCUUAUUUUCUAAUAUCUCAGGGACCCAGAUCAAUAAUUCAAUGUCAUCAAAUAAUCUUUGUAACGAAGAUGAUAAUAAAAUUACAAAUACAGAAAGAAUAAAGAGUUUUUCUUCAAAUAAUAUUAUUUCGACAGAUUUUGUAACUAGGGUAUCAGAUCAUUUCAAGAAAAGGAAGGGUUACAAGUCCAAUAAAUUCACCUCUCCAAUAUUUCAACAAUUUCUAGAUUGUGUUUAUCAGUUAGUAAUCCAGAAUCCAGAUCAAUUUGAGUUCAAUGAAAGAUUUUUGAGAAGACUAGUGUAUCAUUUAUAUUCCUGUCAAUAUGGCUCAUUCCUGUAUAAUAAUGAAAAAGAAAGGGCGGAAAAUGAUAUUCAAAAUAAAACAAGAAGUGUAUGGGAUUACUUUAGAUGUAGACAAAAAGAGUUUACUAAUGAAACGUACAAGGCUCCUUUGAGCUCUUCUGUUAAAAAGAUUUAUAAUGAUUUAAAUGAACUGGGGCUUGAAGAUUUAGAAGGAGAAGAAGAUUGGAUAUUUCCUGAUUUCAAUAAAAUCCAGUGGUGGUGGCAAUUGUAUGGUAGAAAGGACAAUGAAAUGAAUGGACUCACCACUGAAAACGCUUCAAUUCCGACUGAUCAUGAGAUGGAAGGAAAUCAAUCAUUAGAAGUGAAAAAUAAAGCAAGCAGGUUCUUACCUUUUACCUUAGAUUUAUUUGGUAAGAAAUGA